AUGCGGGCAAUACUGGUGUCGCGGCGUCUUGCUAACACUACAUGUUCUGCUGUUUCUAGGGAAACAUUGCGGCGUCUGCUCCCGUUGCGUGUUGAUUUCCCUCGUCUCGGCCCUUUUUGGUCAACGGGAACCCCUGAAGCUACAUUUUCCCCUCCUUUAGGGUUUCCGCAUUUCCAUUGUCCUUCACAGCAUCUCGUCGACUACAACUAUGUAUUCCGCCGACCAAUUCAUGAACCCCGGGCCCGCUCCGCGCCCCCUACCGACCGUCCAAAGCUCACCCUCCCUUCGAAUCCCUCCGGCGUGGCCACUUCAUUCAGUCAAAUGAGUCUCAAUUCUCCAAGUACUCCUGGAUCUGCCAACCUGUCACUAUUUCCUAACACCAGCAGUCCGUCACUCUCACAGACCAAGACAAACCAGACCGGCCAGGGGGGCGUUGCCGUUGUGAAAGAGGGCUAUGUGCGCUGCAAAGAAGACAAGUUUUUGGCUACUUGGAAUCAGAGAUACCUCAUUCUGCGCGAGUUCCGCCUCGAUUUUCUGAAAAAUGAGACUGGGAAGGUGGUCCUCUCCAUCCCACUCAACACUGUCACCAGCGUGUCUCGUUCCGAGGACACUCGGAUGGCUUUUGAGAUCAUUCGUUUGGCCAAUGCAAAGGAUGCCGCUUCCAAGUCCGCCUUGAUCACUCGCGACGUGCCCACCAAAACCAUUACCUGCGAAGUCAAGAGUGACGAUGAGAUCUAUGACUGGAUUGACAAAAUUUAUGAGCGUUGCCCUGGCAUGGGAGGUGUGAGCAAUCCGACAAAUUUCAGCCACCGUGUCCAUGUCGGCUUUGAUCCGCAAACCGGCGCCUUUGCGGUGAUUGAGGUUCUAGAGUUCUACUCCGAUAUCAAGAUGCGCGAACAGAACCCGCAGUACUACGCUGGAUUGGCCGGUCCUCCGUCCGGUCAGCAGUCGAAGCCCUACAGCAACAACUCGGUGGGCAGCUCGAUUGCUCCCCCGAGGCCGCCGCCGCCAGGCCCUGCUCAGCGUUUAGACAACGGACACUCCCAGACGAGUCGCUCGGCAAAUUCGUCACCUUCGCAGAGGGCGGACUCUGAUCGUGCUUUGGACCAGCAGCAGCAGCUCGAGAGAAUGAAGGAGAUGGCAGAACAGGAGCGUCGACGAGUCGAAGACGAAACCCGCCGGGCUCGUCAACGCGAAGAUGAACAGAACAAACUUGAUCAGGAAGCGUACAACUCCUCUAUCCCUAAGGCUCGUGUUCCCCUGGCCAAGCAGGAGCUUGGCGGCUAUGGCGACGCCUCCAUGGCCGAUCGCUACAAGCCAAGCCGUCCCGCACCGCAAGCCCCCGGCUCGACUCGUCAAGAUCCUUCUCGUCAAUUGACUGCUCAGCGCCCAGCACCCGCUCCUCCCACUACUUCCAGCAAUGGCAGCGCAAAGAAUUCUCCCAACGCUCGUUACGCUCCAAAUGAUCCACGUUCUCAGGCCGCUCGCGCCCAAGGCAAUGGCGCCAAAACGGCGCAGGGGCCCCCUCCAUCCAAGCUUCCCGCGCCUGUGCAGGCUGUGAAACCACUGAAUAUUGCGAACAAGCAGACGACACAAAAAGGCAAUGUUCCGGACAGUGUUCGUCAGGCCGAAGCUGCACUGACCAAGAAGGCUGAACCACGCCACAAGGAGGUCCGCAUGUCAGCAAUGUCUGAAAAUGAGGUCAUGGAUCGACUGAGGUCCGUGGUCUCCAAGGAUAAUCCGAACGAGUCAUACAGCAAGCAACGAAAGAUUGGACAAGGAGCGUCAGGUUCGGUGUAUGUCGCGCGUGUUAAGGAGCACGCUCUAUACCGGCAAUAUGGCCCACGGUGUCAGGUUGCUAUCAAACAGAUGGACCUGCGCAGCCAGCCCCGCAAAGAGCUCAUCGUCAACGAGAUUAUCGUUAUGAAGGACAGCCAGCAUGCGAACAUCGUCAACUUUCUUGACUCGUUCUUGCAGGAACAGAGUAACGAGCUGUGGGUUGUGAUGGAGUUCAUGGAGGGAGGCGCCCUCACGGAUGUCAUCGACAACAACCCUGUUAUUCAGGAAGAUCAAAUUGCGACAAUCUGCGCCGAGACUUGCAAGGGUCUGGCCCACCUUCAUGGACAGAACAUUAUCCAUCGCGAUAUCAAGAGUGAUAAUGUCCUUCUGGAUCGCGCUGGUCAUGUCAAGAUCACUGAUUUCGGUUUCUGCGCCAAACUUACCGAAUCAAAGAGCAAACGUGCAACAAUGGUCGGUACUCCUUACUGGAUGGCACCGGAAGUCGUCAAGCAAAAGGAAUACGGGCCCAAAGUCGAUUGUUGGUCAUUGGGAAUCAUGGCCAUUGAGAUGAUUGAGUCCGAGCCCCCUUAUCUGAACGAGGAACCAUUGAAGGCGUUGUACCUGAUCGCCACGAACGGAACUCCUCGCUUGAAGAAGCCCGAAAAGCUGAGUAGGGAGCUGAAAUCCUUCCUCAGUGUCUGCCUCUGUGUCGAUGUCAACAGCCGUGCUACCGCCGACGAACUCUUGGACCAUGACUUCCUCAAGAUGGGCUGCAGUCUGGCAAGCCUAGCCGAACUUCUUCGUUGGAAGAAGAACAGCGGACAGUGA